AAGGUGUGAUUCAGUACUCGUUGCGUAGACCGUGUAGAGUUGAUUGCGACAAAAAUCUGUGUUCCAUUAUAUUCGUUUUUUUUAUAUAUGUAUAUUGAUAGUUUUUGUCGAAAAUGUACUCAAAAAAAUUCGUGUGCUACUUAACUCUUGGUUUGCUUUUGCUGGGGAUCUUCUUGGAAGAGGUCGAAGCAAGACGUAAAAUUCUAAGAGGUCGGAAGACGAUAACCAGACAUUAUUACAGGGGUCUAGCGAUACCUGCUUGGGCCGUAUCUGUCUUGACGGGUGUUGGCAUGUUACUGAUUGGCGGAUUACUUUACGCGUUGUUGCAGAAAUUCGUAGUCGACGCCGCCGACACCGGAGAAACGACUCACUCUUACCAGCCUGCCUUGCAGCUUGAAAGUUGAAUCGCUCUUUUUUUCCAUGAUGAAAAUUUUCACUUACAAGUAAAUUACCUACACACACAUUCUGAACAAUCUAAAUAACAAAUAAUGUAAGACACAGAAUUUUGGUAAAAAAGAAAUCUAAUUUUGUUUUUGCAGAAACAGCUAUGUGUCAAUUUUCAAUUUUAUUUUUACUUGAUUAUAUAUAGAACAAUAUAUCUAAUUAAUAUCUUAAUCCUAGCAGGUAA